CCACUCAAACUGCAUAUAGUGUGAACCAUCGGGUCGCCAUCAAUGUCUUAAUUUUUACCGAGUUACUUAUAUUGAACUGCACUUCCCGUAUCGUUUAGGUAUUUUUUGUAAUACGCAUCAGUGACUCAUAAGUGAGUAGUGACAAUCAUAACAAACAAACGAUCUUAAUAACAGCGUCAUACCUGUAAGCGCAGCUUUCUUUAGUUCAUCAUGGCAGAGCGUGAGCCUAUAAGUGGCUCGAGCCGAGACUACGGCGCGAUCGCCGCGCCUCCCACGGUCGGCUUUGCCGACUUCAGCCCCACAGAGCUGUACAAUCUCAGCGAAGGCAUCGCUGACAAUGUCAACAGCAUCAACACUGGCCUGCGGUCUCUGGAGAAGAUGAUGAAACAAAUUGGAGGGCCUAAUGAUAAUCUACAACUUAGGGAUAAAAUCCACGACACUCAACAGACCGUGAACGGGUCAGUGUCGGCGACGGCGCGCGACAUCCAGCGGCUCGGUGUGGUGGCGCGACGCGGGGACAAGCCACAGAAGCUACAGGUGGAGAGGCUCACGCAGGCGUUCAAGGAUGCGCUUGCCAAGUACUCUUCAGUACAAAAGCAAGUAUCAGAGAAGAUGGCGGCCCACAUGCCGAAGCAAGCCCGCAAUCGUAACGACCCGUCUUUGCUCGAGCGACAAGCCAUCGCCGACGACGAGGAGUCUGCCUUGCUGGAUAACCAGCAAGCACAGGCGCGUCUCGUUCAGUUCGAGACGAACAUGCUGUUAGAAAGAGAGCAGUAUAUCCACAAGAUAGAAGCCGAUGUGCUAGAUGUAAAUCAGAUCAUGCAAGACCUAGCUAGCCUAGUCCACCAGCAGGGCCAAACCGUAGACACGCUCGAAGGUCACAUAGAAGAGGCCAGCGCUAACGUGGAAGCCGGGGUCGACGAGCUGGCCAAAGCUGAGCAGCACCAGCGCAGCUACAGGAAAAAAAUGUUCAUCCUCAUCAUCAUCGGCAGCAUUGUGGCCAUCAUAUUCAUCGUUUGGAUCAUCAAGGCCUUCAGAUAAACAGCGUAUUGUCUAUGAUUUUAUUCUCUGAGGGUUUGUAAUAUAUGGCGACAUUGAGGUAGUUCUCACUGUGAGUUCGACAGAUUUGGAGGUACAUGUAUUAGAAAAAAGUUUUUUUUUUCUAAAAGAAACUCGUUGCAAUUGUCCCAUUUAAAACGCAUGUAUCUGAUAGGGUAAGGAUGCCCACAACAGAAAAGCUAAUCAGUAAUCAUAUACGAGUAAUAUCAUAAGAUUAAUAGAUUUCUUUGUUGUGAUAAUGUUUAGUGCCAAGUUCGAACUAGAUGUUUGACUACAUGCAGCUAAGAUGUUGCAACCUACGCUAGAGCUUGUAAAAGAAUUAACAAAAAUUCCAGAAUAGGCUCAGAAGACUAACUCCUCAAUACAUUAUAUCAACCAUUAUGUAUGUGUAAUGUAAAACACAACCUCUGAAAAUAACGUUGUGAAUAAAAAAAAGGUAAUUGUAAAUAAUGUCCUCACAAUGUGUAAUAUCAUUCAUGUUAUCUACUUCAAAAUACUGUGAUUUAUAAAUACUUGUAUUGUUCUAUUUAUUUCAUCAUUAAUAUUGUAAUGCAAUGAAAUGUGAAUGUUUUUUUUUUCAUAUUUUCUUUGGUACAAAAAUGUGCACGUUAUGUUUAAUUUAGAGUUGGGAACAACUCUACAUGUAUUUGUUUAUAAUACACAGAUUGUACCACUUUUCAAGUGUGUGCUUGUCACCCUGUUAUGUCAGUUGGCGACUGACGGUAAUAUGUACUACUUACUGACCAAACGCAGUAGCCAUUAACAGGCGUUCCCCUCUGUCGAAAUUAGGCGGCCAACGGUCAUACACGUUGUAUGGAUUAACGUUAUCUAUACAUUUGACGUGCCCCUCUCCCGCAAAAAUCGGCAGACUGUUUUGUACCGAAAAUUAGAGUCAAGGCGUCUCCGUUUGGUUAUAUUCUCUAGACUACUUAAGUGUUAUUCAGAAUAAAAAAAAGUAAACACCAUUCUGAUAACAGUGAUAACUGUUUUUUGACGGUACAACCGGGUAAUUUCAAUUCGGAACGUUUUGUAGGUAUGUUUUAAACACCUGUGUCAUUGGAUUAGGUCAAUGUUAAGUUUUCUACAAUUUAUGAGUAUUAUCAGCUUAUGUAAUGAACUACAAUAUUGUGUAUUUAUAUAGCUGUGUUUAAGGCCUUAAUUAUUGUAGAAUUUUAUUAAAUAGAAAACAGAAAACUAUAUGAAAAAGCGCCUUGGUAUUUGACCUCACGAGUUCCUAUAGUUUUCCGCUAUCUAUAUAUAUAUAAUAGAUAAUGUUGUUAUGUAAUCCAUUCUAGUUAGGAAUUCAUAGUCGAUGUAAUAAAUUAUAACUUUAUUAAAAUUUUCAAUUAGA